GGGAGCUCCGGGAGGGGGGCACAGCACCGCCCCUCCUGCCCCGGCCGCACCAUGGUGUCCUGGAUUCUCAGCCGGGUGAUUGAGCUGCUCUUCGGGAUGCUCUACCCGGCCUACGCCUCCUACAAGGCCGUGAAGACAAAAAACAUCCGGGAAUACGUGCGAUGGAUGAUGUACUGGAUCGUCUUCGCUCUCUUCAUGGCCUCAGAGACCUUCACCGACCUCCUCAUCUCCUGGCUCCCCUUCUACUACGAGGUGAAGAUGGCUUUUGUCAUCUGGCUGCUGUCCCCGUACACGCGGGGGGCCAGCCUGCUCUACCGCCGCUUCGUGCACCCCACGCUGGCCCGCAGGGAGAAGGACAUCGACGCGUUCCUCGUCCGGGCCCGCGAGCGCGGCUACGAGACCGCGCUGCGCUUCGGCAAGAGGGGCCUCAACCUGGCGGCCACCGCCGCCGUCCAGGCGGCCACCAAGAGCCAGGGCGCGCUGGCCGGGCGGCUCCGCAGCUUCAGCAUGCAGGACCUGCGCUCCCUGCCCGAGCAGGCCCCCGUGCACUUCCAGGACCCGCUGUACCUGGAGGAGCAGGAGAGCCUCCAGCAGCCCCUGGCCUACGGCGCCGGGCUGCGCUAUGAGAGCGAGUCGGACGAUGAGGAGCUGUGGUCGGACUCGCAGGUGUCCCCCUCGGUGUCCCCACGCCGGGGUCCCAGACCCCUGUCCCGCAGCCAGAGCCUGAGAACCCUGAGGAAGAACCCAGCAAAAGAGGGCUCUUCCCGGCUCCUGCGCAGCCGGGCCAGGAGGAGAGCGGCUCUGUCGGAGCAGGACAGCUGAAAAUCCCGGGAAACCUCUGCCAGGAGGCUGCAGAGGAGUUUGCUGCUGUGGCAUCAGGAGGGAGCUGUGGCUCCUGCAACCCGGGGGAUCCUCACACUGUAAAUCCCUUCCAUGUGGCCCCUCGAGGAGGGGGGAGCAGCUCAUCCCCCCACUCCCAGACCCCCCAGCUCGGUGCUGGCACCUCUCCUGUGGGGUCUGGCCCCUCCUUUUCCUCCCAUCCCACGAACACUACACGCUCCCCCCACUCUCCUGCUGCCAUGGUGCCUUGCUCACAACAUUCCCAUUCCCCUGGGAGCCAGGAGUGGAUGUGCCUUGUCCCUCUGAAGCCAAAGCCAUGGCCCCUGCCCGGGGCCCCCCCAGACACAGACUGACACCCCCAUACUUGAGCCCUGAGCACUGGGCAGCUCACGGCUUUUAAUAUUCCCCUCUCCGAAAAGAGGGUUUUGUACCUGGAAAAAUAAAGGUUUGUUUCAGACUUUGGGAAGCA